UGCCAAGACUCUCUGUCGUUUGGUAACACUGUUUACGACCUGCCGGUGUUGGCGAGGAAGAACUUUCAUUUGACGCAGAGAUGGGAGGCAGCAAGAAGAGGGAAGGCUAUGGAUGGGCAGUAUCGGCUGGAUUCAACGCUGCUUUUGCUGCUAUUGCUGCCAAGUUCUUUUAUAAUCAGUUCGUUAGAUAUAGUCUGGUUGUGUUAUUUAACCUGAUAAUGUGGGGAUGCUACGUCAAUAGCCUCAAAGCUCUUUCAUCGCUACAAGCUACCGUGACGAACUUUGCCACGAAUUUCCUCUCCUCUGGUCUAGCUGGAUAUUUUCUGUUUAAGGAAUCAUUAUCAGCUCAGUGGUUUGCAGGUGCCUUACUCAUUGUAAUUGGCGUUGUAAUACUUAGCAAGUCAAGCAUAGAACAAAAGCCAAACAUCGAUUAAAAGCUACUGUGGGGUUUCACAAGACUGCUACUUGAAUUUCAUUUUGUAGAAGCAUUUGAUGAGCUUUUUGGUUUACUGGAGGUUAGCUUCAAAAAUGGCAUCAUCUGAAUUCUUUUUCUCCUAGCUGUUGCAGAGAUUUCCAAUGUUCUUUGUCAAGAAAGCUAUCAGAGAGCUUAAAGAAUUUUGGUGGUUGUUGAGACUUAUAUAGUGGUUAUUCAAGGUUUUGUUAUUUUUACCUUAUGAGAAUCUUCAGUUCAUCUUUUGAGGUGAAAUUUGAAGUCUCACUCAAUUGUUUGCAUGUGAAUUUCACUCCCGGAUUAUAUGCUUCAGUUUUGGGAAUGCUAUAAUCUUGAACAACCAACUCUUUGCAAAAUGGCCAGUGAUUUAGAGAUAUGAUCUAUGAUGCAUGGAAACUCCGAGUCCACGGGGAUUCAUGUUUCGGAAACGUUUUUUCAUAUAAAA